UUCGCGCGAUCUUCUUCCGCAAAAUAACGAUAAACACAGUCAGCUAGAUCUUUAUCGUUGUUAUCACGAGAAAAUACGAUGUCGGUUAAGUCCGUGAAUAACGGUAGGGGCGGCGGCGGUUCCAGAUCCUCGCUGGUCGGCAUAACAGCUCUCACUACUUCCAUGGAGUCGGCGGAGGCAUUCGACGUGGGGGACACCAAGGUGCAGCACUAUGGACUGCUCAUGAAGAAACCGUUCGGACACAAGUCGGGCCGCUGGCAGAAGAGAUUCUUCAUCGUGAAGGAAGGGUUUCUGCUCUACUACCCUGAGUCUGAGAACAAAGCGUUUGAGCGUGCCCACACCUUCAACAUCCACCCAAGGGAGAGAUAUGGCUGGGUGCUGACAACCAGGAGGAGCGUACUGAAUGGGGGGAUGUCCUCAGAGAUGCCGGGAAAGUAUGAUCUGAAUGAGAAGGCAUCUGUACUGGAGGAAGAGAAAGAAAAGAAGAGUGAGCUAGAGGCACUAGCAGCUAAGUUUGAGGUGGAGAUGAAAGCAGUGGAAGACGCGGCCAAAAGCCUUCGCAGCGGAGAAGGACACAGUUCAACAGUAAGUGUUGCUUCGGUCAACCCUCAACUAAUGCGUGAUUGGGAGCUGCAGCAGACACUCCAGUCAGUCAGUACCAUUCAGGAGGAGAAGGAGAGUUUGUUCAAAGCCACUGAGGAACUACAAAUCGUCCUCCAGACGGUGUCAAAAGAGAAGGAGCAGACGACUGCGGAGCUGCAGUAG